AUUCGUUUUUUCUAUUUCUUUUCUUCUUUUUGUUUCUUCUUUCUUUUCCCCCACGAUCUUCUAUUUUCCUUGUUUUUAUUUCAUUCAAGAAUACACUCGUAUUUUAUCAAGGGUAGGAGGGAGAAAAAAAAAAAGGAAAAACGUAAUUUUCUCGAUAAUUUUAAUAAAGGGAUAUAUUGUAUUUAUCUAUCAGAAAUUUAGGUAUAAAAAUACAAGAGAAAUUUGACGUCAGUAUAAAAGUGUCGAAGUGGUCAUGGCCUUUUUUCUUCUUUUCUAUCUAUCUAUUUUUUUCUUUCCUUUUUUCUUUUUUUUUUUUUUUUUUUUUUUUUUUUAAUCGUCGACACUAUCUCUUCUUGAAACAUGUUUUUACUAUUUUCACCGAGCGAUAACCACGCCUUAUAUUUGCUUGUACAAAUUUUUAUUAUGGUAAGGCGAUCGUAAAAAUAGUAAGAAAACGACGCUCGGAUAUGUAUUGAAGUAGUCGUAUAAAAACGAGUGACAAAUUCAAGGCACUUUACUACGCACGAUAUUCGCCAAGUUCAGCUUUGUCAACGCAACCGUAAAACCACCCAACGUCUAUCCACAAAACAUUUCUAUCUUUUCUCUUGAGAGAGAAAAAGAAAGAGAGAGAGAGAGAGAGAGAAAGAGAGGGGAAGAGAGAAAGAGAGAGAGAGACAAAGAGGGAGAAAGAAAGAGAGAGAGAGAGAGAGAGAGAGGAUGAGUCACAAGAACGAAAAAGAAUCAUAAAAAGAAAGCCAAGGGAAUAUGGUAGAGGAAACGCAGACCUCCAUAGCCACGUGGUGUCCCAUAUGCGAUAAACGUGUGAGCGAUAAAGGAAAAGACACCGAACGACUUUUAGGCCACGUUCGAAGGAAUCAUCGAAAAAUCUCUAUUCAGAGAUUUGAUAAUCACGAAAACGGUGAACAAAUAUUGGAAAGACAACAAUCAAAAGGCACAGAACAAGCAAAGCUUUCUAAUACGAAGGAAAAAGAUAGAAAGAGAAUCUACACGACCCGGGUGGAUACAUGGAAGUCGCACGACGAGAAAAAAAUCUGUCCUCAAUGCAGAAAGGAACUCGUGCCGGCAUUGCAUACUCGCAGACACAAUUUGACAACGUCUCAUAUUGCAGCGACAUGUCUUCUGGGAUGUUGGCCAUUGUGUUUCGUACCUCUGAUGUUGAGUCGAGAGAGACAAGUGAGACUGGUAUGUCCGCUCUGCGGACAUAAUUACGGAAAUUACGCACAGGCGGAAAAUAAAAGCGAUGACCCGUGGCAUCCUCGUCGUGGACAGCGACGAUUAGUCGAAAUUACGAGCUCAAAGUUGGACCCACCCAAUGAACAAGGACAUGAACUUAAUCCAAACUCGGAAUUGGCUGUUUUAGCUUAUCAAGGAUUAUGGGAGGUGCGGGAUGCUUCUGAACAAACAGAGAACGCCAAAAAGAGAAUAGAUAAAGAAGAAGAGGACGAAGAAGAAGAGGAAGGAGGAAUCGAAAGAGGAGGAGGUGCAAGUGUUACGAAAGUUUUACGGUAUCCUAACGGAGAGACAAUGUUCGAACCUUCGAAAGGUUCCACCCUUUGUUCGAGGCAGGUCACGGCAGAUCGUUUCUAUGAGACACAUUCCGAUGAGUUUGACCUGAAUUACGAUUCCGAUUGGUCCGUGCGUAAUCGUUAUCGCGUUCCACGAAAUACUCGUCUGUAUGAUACGUCCUUUGAGGAUUAAAUAUAUAAAAAAACAAAAAACAAAAAAAAAAAAAAGAAUAGCUUUAAAAACUCAUUAUAACAUUUAUUCUAAGUGAAAAACGAUGAUAAUAAUCUUGUACGAAAUAAUCGUUCCGGUUUCAAGGGAUUUCUUCAUUUGAUUUCGCACAAGAGAGAGAGAGAGAGAGAGAACCUCGAAAUGUAAGCGAUACAUUUAUACCGAUAUAUCGAUUCCUUAACGAUUCCUUGUUUCGUACAAAUACGAUAUUCUCUCGUGAAUCUAUCUCGAGAAACAGCUAAAUCUUCGAUAAUUUCAAAACGUACUGUAACUUAAAUGAGGUAGUACGUACUCUCUACUUGUUCAAGUAGUUUUGCUUAAAUACUAUCGAACGUUUUAUUGGUUUUCACGAAUUUUUUUUUUUUUACGGACUAAUAGCCCGUCCGCAAGAUAGUUCGUUGUUUAAGAUUUAACUUUGACUCGUGUCGUGUUCAUAAAGAAUAAAAGAUAUAAAAGAGAAUGAAUCAAAAGGGCAAACGUGAAAUAUUGAGACAAAGAUAGAAACGAUAGAUUAUACGUGAAAGUUACAACAAGAUGAUUAACGUUUGGCCAUUCAUAUAACGUUAUUAAUAUAGAGUACCAAAGUGAAAGAGGAAGAUGGGUACACUCCAUAUUCAAAGUCGGAACGAAUUGAAUCGAACUUUUGGAAGUUCCAUUGUUAACAGCUAUAACUAAGAGGAUUCUAUGGUUUAACAAUGGGCCAAAGAACAAGGAGGACCUAGAAUGGCAACGUAAUUCGUCUUUGCUACGCGAAACUUCAAGAUAGCUUACUCUAACGAGUGUGGUAUACCGUUCUUAAAGAAGUUCCCGGAUACGCUUAUCUAAACAGUUGGGUUAUACACUCUGGGAGAUCGUAAAUUAUGCGUUAUAAGAUUUGUGUUAAGCGAAAUGUAUCGCGUCGUUGACUUUUGCGUAUUUUUUUCAGAAGAAGAAAAAGAAAAAAGAAGAAGAAGAAGAAAAAAGAAAAAAGAAAAAGAAAAAAGAAACGAAAAGAAGAAGGAUGAAGAUGAAGAAAUAGGAGCAAUGUUAUCUAAUUUUCUCUAUCUCUCCUUCGAUCACUUAUUUUCUGUUCUCGAUAUAUAAGCAAGGAAGGGUCAUCUCCGGCGGGAGUCGGCUUCUCGUUGUCAUCGGAUGCCAGUCGCACGUUCGCGAAAUCCAAUCGGUCGAGCGAGUAGGAAAUCGAGAAAGAAAGAGAGAGAAAAAGAGAGAGAGAGAGAGAGUGAGUGAGAAAGAAAGAGGAAGGGGAAGGAGAGUUCACGUUGCUCUCUUUUCAAGUUUUUCUCGAGUGGAAUGACACAGAGAGAAACGUCUCGAAGCUGGCACGUAACGGGCAUAAAGCGAUCAAACCAAUCUCGACCGUGAUCUUACCGUUGGGUAAGAAUCGAUAGGGUGGACAAUAUGUGUGUCUAUAUGUA